AUGCCUGAAGACCACUCCGACGACGAUGCCCUCUUCGCCUCCCUCGAAAACGAAGACUCAGAAGAGACCUACCGCACACAACGAAUCCAACAACUAAACGCCGAGCUCGCCGCUCAAAAAACCAACCGAUCUGCAAAAAGCAGCACAAUCGUACGAGACACCAGCUACCCAACACUCCGCGACGACCAAAGCGUCCUAAACUUCACAACGGAGACAACGCGCUGCGUGAUCCAUUUCGCACAUGAUGAUUUCGCACGGUGUGCGGUAAUGGAUACACGAAUUGCGGAGUUAGCGGCUCGACACUACGAGGUCAAAUUUGCGCGUGUUGAUGUUCGGAAUACGCCAUUCCUUGCAGAGAAGCUCAGUAUUCGGGUUUUACCAUGUGUUAUUGGGUUCAAGGAUGGUGUUGGAGUUGAGCGGAUUGUUGGAUUUGAAGGAUUGGGUGCUGGUGGAUUUGAUGCCCCCGAGGAAGGGUUUAAUGUCAAGGUCUUGGAGAAGAGGUUACUCUUUAAGGGUGUUUUGGCGCAGGCGAAGUUUUCUGCAGGAGAUGAGGAUGAGGGGGAUGAGAUUGAAGAAGAAGAUUAUUCAGAAUGGGAAAACUGGGUUGAGAGGACGCUACGAUGA